AAAAACAAAAACGCCCAUCCCCUGUGAGCGAUCCUCGCUGCUGGGCCUUUGUCCUUUGUUCUCCUUCUGGUCCUAAUAUUCUGACGGCAUCUCACCUCAAGUUUCUUCUCAUGCUCGUGUCUAGCCGCAGCCUGCUCCAUUGAGCUUUGCUGGUCUUGCGUCUAGCGCAUUCCUUGGCCGAGACACACGCAGCAAACCGCCAGAUGCCGGCGCCACAGGCCUAGCAGCCAAACAUGCCCUCGUUCACUCCCAAUGAGCGCCAGCGCCGAAUCGUUCAAUUGUCGCAGCAAUGGGGCGUCGCGUUGCCGCCAGUCCCUCCGCCGUUGUCGCGGCCGAUGCAGCCGCCCUCGUUUCGGACCGCCGCAGACGACGAAGUUGCCGAGGGCCUCAUCCAGCGACAAGCCGCCGACUCGGCCAAGACGCGCCCCAAGAGCGGCCUGAGCCGAGCAUUCUCCUCAGGCAAUCUGAAAAAGGGUAAGGGCUGGGAUGCAAAGGAUGUCCUCGAUGUCUUGGCGCAGUGGAUUGCCAACUCUGGCUCCCCGGGCGUGGCUGAGGCUCUGAUUUUGAAGCUGACUUCGGUCGGUGUUGACUUGACGGGCUCGCAGCAGCAGAAGAGCGGCAUUCUGAGCAGGAGAAAGAGCCUGGAUGGCUUUGAUGGUCGGUCCCAGCUGCUGCGGUCUGCGGUGGAGAGGAACUUGAUGGACAUGGUGAGGGUUUUGCUUCCUCAUGCUGAUUCUCUCGCCCUCGAUGCGUCGCUCCCCAUCGCCAUUCGCAAUGGCAAUGCGCAGAUUGUUGAGAAUCUGCUGAGAUACGGCGCCAACGCAUCGCGACUGACCGAUGCACAAACGGCCUUUCGCCAGGCAUGCUCCAUUCCUGCUUUGUCUGGUAUCGUCAGUCUUGUGCUUCAGUCAGAGGGUCGACCUCCUGCGGCCCUAGUAUCAGACGCCAUGAUCGACGCUGCGAGGGCUGGCAAUUUGCAAAGCGUCCUCUAUCUUAGCCGCUCGAUAGCAGAUGGGAAUCAUAAGCAAGCCGAGGCAUUGAGGCAGGCCGUUGACAUGGGACGCAAGGAUAUUGCAGUGGCCAUCAUCAUGGGAAAUCAGCCACCACAGCGACCAGGAGUAGAUAAUGCGUUCCGAGCUGCCUUCGAACAUCCAUCAAUGAACCCGGACACAAAAUUAGAAUUCGCGGAGCUCUUGCUUUGUGCUGGGGCCGGAGGAGAAUUCUUAUCCCAAGCUCUCGAACUGUCUUGUGAAACCCAGUUUUACGACAUGGCUAACAUGCUGGCUAUGUAUGGCGCCUCUAUUGAGUCUAACGAUGCGUCAAUGCUCAAGGGUGCCAUUGCCCGUGGUCAGCUGGAUCUGGUAAAUUCACUUCUGCAUGACAGAACAGCACUUAGCCUUCCCGCUGCAUCGGGCUGCGUCUUGGCGAUUCCAAAGCAAGCUGCAGCUGAAGUUCGUUAUACGCUGCUUUGUCUUUUGCUUAAAAAGGGCGCCAAUGGUGAUGCUCUUAAUCAAGCUCUUAUCGACGCCGUUGAGGCUGGCGAUGUAAACUCGGUCGAGCUGCUUCUAAAUCCUUAUUUCACUACGGCACAGACCAACGGUGUCAAGCCUAUGAAUGGUGGACGCCAUGCCGUAGCGUCUGUCGAUUAUCAAAAUGGACGGGCGGUUUGUGCUGCUAUUAUUCAGUCAAACGUUGAGCUGACGCGGAAACUUCUGGCCGCGCGAGCUUCGGCUAACACAUUGGCAACCGCCUUUCCGCUUACAAUGAGGCUGUCUGGUGCGGAUCGAUACCAUAUGGCUGAGCUUUUUCUCAAAAGAUCACUGCCGGCAGCAAGCUUACACGCUGCUCUUCAGGAUGCCAUCGGUGAAGAUAGGUCGAAGAGAGAUGGGGCACUCAUAAACCUGCUCUUGCAACAUGACGCCGACGUAAAUUUCAACAAGGGUGCUGGGCUAUCCUCUCUCAUUGUACAAAAAGAUGUUAAUCUUCUGGUCCCAUUGUUGAAAAAAGCAUCUCCACAGACAGCAGCGGCAAGAACACACGACGUUAUGCGAGUCGACGACCAUAGGGCGAGGUUCGAUAUGAUGGCAUUGUUGUUUCAAGCGGGCGCUGCUUCUGGUAUAGUUGAAAUUGCAACUGCACUGUUGGAAGCCUUGAGUGAGAAGCCCGUUGAUAUGUCGCUUCUCCAGCUAUUGCUUCAACAAGGUAACGCGGAUGUCAACGCUUUAGAUGGCGCAAUUGCGACCAAGGCCACGCAGAAUCCUGAUCCCAAGGUUUUGGAAAUGGUGAUUAAUCUGGGAAAACCUGCGGGCAAUACGAUAACCAAAGCACUACAGUGUCUUGCUUCAAUCCCGCCGUCUGAAGGAAAAACCUUCAAGCUACGAGUGCUGCUGCCAAAAUCUGAAGGAAGAGAAGAAUUAAAUGGUAUCCUUGCUCAAGAAGUACAGUUUCUUGCGCGAGAUCUGGGCCGACAGCAAGCGCCGCUUACCACUCUUGAGAUAUUGUUAGAAUCUGGGGCCGAUCCGAAUGCGUAUAAAGCUGCCUCUCUGUGCCAUGCGGUUAUGGGAGGCAAAAUCCAAAUCGUCGAUCUGCUGUUUGGCCCUCAGUGCCGUUUAAACCAAGUUUCUCUGGGCUAUGCGCUGCCCCACGCGCUGAGGCUACAAGAUGCGAUGAAUAGGUUGACGUUGGCAAAAAGGUUGGUUGAGGCUGGAGUUUCCCCACAGGAAGUCAACCGAGCAUUGAUACAUGCAAUCAAGACUUAUCCAUCAGAUUUUGGCCUGAUACGCGUCUUGGCAAGCAAAGCCGAUACUGCGGACGGCGAGGCUUUGUCUCUGGCGAUAUCAAAAGAAUCUGUAGAUGUGACAGACAUUUUGCUCACAGCUGCAAACCACUCGAUGGAGAACCGAAGCUUGGCUUUGACUCACGCAAUGGAUAUAAAAAACCGACCCAACAGGAAUACCUUAUGCCAGCGUCUUUUAGCGUAUGAGAUAUCACCCGCUGCGGCUUCGAAUGCCCUCCUAGUUGCUGCUCGUGAAGGCGAUGUCAAGCUUGGCGAUAUUCUCAUGUCUCAUGGCGCGAGCAUGUCGCAGAAUAACGGCCAGGCGGUGGUAGAAGCAUGCCGCGGCGGAUCCGUAGAAGUGCUAAAAGUUCUCCUGGGAACAGACAUGACUGUGAAUAAUGCGACUCUAGAGGAGGGCUUCCAAGCAGCUACUGAAGUCAGAGACUUGAAUAAACGAGCCAUGAUAUUUGAGCAGAUUCUUAGCAAAGGCCUUAGAGGAGAGCUCGUUGAUGCACAGCUAGAAUCAGCAGCAAGAUAUGGAGAAGAUGGACAAGCCAUGUUAAGAGUACUGUUAGUUGCCGGAGCGGACCCGAAUUAUGCCAACGGCGAGGCUGUUGUAGCAGCAACAAGAAGUGCUUUUAUCAAGAAUCUAGAACUCCUUCUGGGGCUCUGGGGUGAAGGUGAUAGUCAGAAGAAAGCAUCUCCUCCUACACUUGUUCGGGCGCUCAAGGCGUGCUGGAGUCUCAAUCGCGACACUCGAUAUCUCAUAAUUGUCGAUCUCAUGAAAGCGGGCCUCCCUGUGGCAGAGGAUCUGCAUAUUACAUUGAACGAUGCGGUCAACGAAGAAAACUCCGAGGAGAGAUUGGUAAAGCUCUUGUUGGAAUACGGUGCUUCUCCUUUGGCCAACGGAUGCAAGACCCUGGUCGAUGCUGCGGAAAAGGCGCUCUCGUCGUCACUAGCUCUUUUACUGGAUAUUGAUAUUCCUCAAAAUGAUAUUGAUAUGGCUUUUAGCAAUUCUUUCAAGGCUGAAAAAUUCGACACUUGGUUCACGCAAUCCGGGUUAGAGACGGCAAAUAUGCUUCUCGAUAAAGGGGCAACGGGCAACGCUUUAAGCGAAGCGCUCAUUCAAGUUAUGAAGAGUGCUGACAACCCGGAACUAGCCGAUCAGUUCUUCAACGUGCUUACUGCUCAUGAUCCAGAUGUCAACUAUCAGGGAGGAGAACCGCUCCGACUGGCUGCAUCUCAAGCAAAUAUUGACUGGACUCAUAGACUUCUCGCUUGCCACCCAUCCACAGAAACCCUCACGUUUGCUUUUCACUGUAUAUUUGAUACUGAACUUACUCAGGACGUUGUUUUGGAAUUUUUCCAAAUGUUUGCGGAUUAUCACGAAGGAGAUGUCCGUGUCGAUGUGAUGGCUACCCGUGCUGGUCAUAUGCCGGUGCUGGGGAGGGCUAUUUCUCAGUAUCCUCGCUCUUCAACCAUUUUGACUACAUUGCUAGAUGCAGGAUACUAUUACGACCAAUCCAUGAUAUACAAACUUCAUCCGGAAAUUGAAGAGGAAGAAGAGAUGACACUUCUUACAUGGGCCAUUGCCCAGCCGCAAAAGAAAGUCAGCGCUGCUCUGAUUCAGAUUUUGGUAGAACGAGGUGCCAAAGUCAACAUUGGAACCAAGAUUUCGGGGACAACGCCCCUUAUGCUGGCUGUGCGAGAGCGCCGCCCAGACAUUGUAAAACUGCUUCUACUAGAGGGGGCUGACGUCGAUGCCAUGGAUUUUCUUGGAAGAACCCCAAUGGCAAUGGUUACUCACCUGAGCGGUGAAGUUGCUAUUCAGAUGAUGUCCAGUCUCCUUGCCGCAGAACCGUCAAAGGAUGAUGGUUCGUUGCAUAAUGCCGCUAGAGACCUCAACCUCCCAGCGGUCAAAGUUCUUAUGGAAGCAGGCCAUGAUCCUGAUUUUCCCAGUCCGCUUCAUAACGGCCGUAGCGCCCUUGGAGAGGUUUGUUUGCAUGGAUCCGAUGCCGGAGAGAUGACACCAGAACGAGAACGAAAGAUGCAGAAAGUCAUGACUUUUCUGGUGGAUGCUGGGUCCGAUUUAUCCAUCAAGCUGGAUGGCAAAUCUAUAUUAUACCUUUGCUUUGACUCCACGGAUCCGGUCGCAACGACUCGCGCAUUGCUUAAAAGUGGGAUGUGGAAACACAUUAACAAACCCUCCAACCAAUAUGCUGAUGAAACGUUUGUAUAUUCACCUACAAUGUAUGUAACGAAGCUUAUGCCGUCACUCGAUGCCCAUGAUCAGCUACUUUCUGUUCUUCGCGCCAGUCGCGCAACAGAUGUAUAUUACGCCAAGGAAGGUGCACAGCCUGAAGGAGCCGUCGGGUUGCCAGAAGACAUCGAAGUGCGAGAGCGGGUUCGAAAAGCUCGCUCAGAGCGGCUGGCCGAAGAGUCACAAGACUUUGCCAUGGCAAUGGCUAGGAAGCGGGAAAUCGCGUCAGUGGAUCAGCAGAUACAGAUUCAAAAAGCAGAGAUGGAAGAUGCCCGCCGUAGGAGGCUACAGUCUGAAGAUUUCUCUUCCAUUCGAGCCAAGGCUCAGCUCGAAGAGAGUCUCGCAAAUGAUGCUUUCAAGCGCCGUCUUGCCGAACAGCGAGCCGUAACGGAAGCAACGCUCGCAAGCUCAAGAGCCCUGGCUGCAUCCGAUCUCGAGGCCGAAGAAGCGAGACAGCGCAAGGCCCUUGAAUGGGAGAACAAGCUUAAUUCGGAGCGCGCGGGUAAUGCGCGCGCGCUUAUCGAGAUGCGCAUCGGCGAGAGGGAGGAGCUGGAGCGGAUUGACGUGGCGUCUGAGCAGCGCAUCCAGAGGCGCUUGGAGGCGCAGAGGAGGUUGGUUGAGAGUCAGGAGAAACUGGCGAGGAGAUUGGCGGAUGCGCCGACGGCGCCUGGAGACCCUAGGAGGCAGAUUGGGUAUGUGACGGAGCUGAAUUGAGACUGUGAAUAAAGGGGGGAGUAUACCUAUUUUUGCAUCCUUUGGGCGUAGGGAUUUCUAUUUUUUUUUUCUGAGCUUCUUUGCUUCUGGGGCUAGCGAGCGUAUUUGGAUUGUAGCUAUGACUUCAGGAAGUUCUUAUUUUGAUAUUCGAUAUACCUAUCAUUGCUUGUUGGAUCAAGUUCUAUGGUUGCUUAUUAGUGUCUUUUGUUAACAUCCUUGGCUUGAACUGCGGACACUUUUAUACUGUUCUAAUUUUGUCUGUAUACGCCUCAUUUGUAAUAUCAGAAAUUAUCAUAUAAUAGUCAUAAUC